UGCAGCCAUAGAGGCAGUGGCAAGCUAGCCGAGCGAGGGGAGGAGCCUGAGGGGCUUUGGCUUUUCGAGCUUCCUCCUGAUGUCACCGCUCAGCUGCUGCACUUCAGUGUCCAUGUGAAGGGAAGACGGCCCCUGCAGGGAGGGGAGGGGGAGACGGGAGAGGGUCGGGCUGUGUGCACAGUGAAAGGCCUCCAAGUCUGCACAGCGCCUUAGUCAGUAAUCACUUGGCAAGUGGCAACAAUGGGGCCCGGCUGCCUGAGAAAAUCCCCAUCUGCAAGACGUUUGCGGCUGAAAUCAGGCCUGCUGAUGCUGUGAAUGCAUUUUAUGUGGCUGGGAGAGAUAGAGACAGAGAGAGGAGGAAGAGGAGAGGACAGAGGGGGAGAAGACGUGUGGGGUGGUGGGCUGUGAGAGGGGCUGGAAUGCCAUUGUUCGAGCUCGCCGCUCUGUGCUGCAGAGAGGGACAGCUGCCUCUGAGGCCUGCUAGCUCAUGUGAGACAGGUCGUCCAGCUCAAUGUGAGACAGGCCGUCCAGCUCAAUGUGAGACAGGCCGUCCAGGUCAAUGUGAGACAGGCCGUCCAGGUCAAUGUGAGUCCCCCCCUGCCCCCAUCCUCCCCGUCCCCACAGACAGACAGACACACAGACAGACAGACAGGUGGGUGCAUGAACUCAGCCUGCUGGGAGUCAAGGGAAGGAGGAAUUUUCGGGGAGUGGCGUCUCAAAGCUUCCUGUUUCCUCUCCUUGCUCUCAAAGAAAAGGGGCCCAAGACGCCGCUCAGAGCUGGAUGUCAGAGAGGGAACGAGCUUUGUGUGGCUCCUGGUGCGAGCGAUGACGCACAGGCCCCGUCCCAGGUCAGAUUGAGGGAGCAGUUGUUUAGGUGCAGCCUCGAACAAGACGUUACAAGCUAAUGGGUCAGUGGAACGGGGAUGAGGCUGAAGACGUGUACAGUCAUAGGGCUGUGACGCAGUGAGAGGGGAUGGGUGAGUCAAUGUUGCUCUCUUAGAAAAGGUUUGUAUUCUUAGGAAUAUUUAGAUCUAGACGAUUAACUGGAACUUUUGGAGCCAUGACACAUUGAGACAUAUAAAGUUCAUAAACUGGGUGUUCUGUUAAUAUUCAUGUUAUUAUGCAGAAGCUUUUAUUUUCUUGAAUCCUCCCUCAGAACUAUAAUAUAUCAUUAGAAACUGAACAAUGAUGUUUUACAGUUUGGCUGCUACUGGUGUAGUGUUAAGUCCCAGUGUAGUGACAAGUUUCCAAGUGACAUCCACAGCUUUUACACAGCAAAACACCUCAGUCAGUUUUUAGGGAUGUGUAUUUAUUAUUAGAUUUAUUUGCCAUUUGUUUGAAAUAAGGAAUUAGCUGCUCAUUCAUUCAUUUCCUCCACCGAGGAGGUUAUGUUUUCACCCCGGUCCAUUUGUUUGUUGGUUUGUUUGAUUGUAAGCAAGUUUUCACAAAAACAACUGAAUGGAUUUCCUUAAAACCUGCUGGAAGGAUGUGUUAUAGGUCAGAGCAGAAGAGGAAAGGGCGUUAUUCAACAGGUUCACUCUUUUCCUAGGGAAUAAUUUAUGGAUCUUGAUGAACAAAAUCAGGCAUAUUCAGGGAAGUGAUGUCACUGAGUGUGUGUAAUGUGGGAACUGUUGGCCCUUGGCGGAGGUUUGAGUUCCACUGAAACUCUAGUUUUUACAGUAAUUCAACGUGUAGGUGCUUGUACUGUCAUCGAUGACGUCACUGCUUGAUUUGUCACACAAGUCCUUCUUCUCGGAACUCCAUCAGUCGCCAAUGAAAUCUAGAAAAGUGGAUGUAGAGCUUCUAUUCAAGAGGCACAGUGCAGCAUUAUGGACAUGGAGAGCAGCAUCUAAAAUGAACUGAAGUUAAAAACUAUCUGAUGAUAGAAUAAAACAGAAAGUCUUGAUUGUCAUUGUACAAGAGAAAGAUGUAUAGUGACAUUAGAGGUCCUAUGUCCUAAUAAAUCUGAAAGUGAACUGAUGGCAAGAAUGGCUGAUGACCUGACUUUUGACUUUGAUUCCUGACAAAUCAGUUUUUAGAAGGUGGAAGACAACGACCACAACGGACCAAUACCUGAAACGUUACUGUUGCAUGAAAUACAGAUCGGUGCUCUUCUGUUAGCAUCGUUGAUUGACCACAUUAAAGUGCUGUUUGUGUGUGACAGCUGUGUGUUUUUCCAUGUAAAUAAGCACACAAUCCUUUGUGUGCUUAUUUACAUGAUGACAGAUGUACAACCUGCCAGUGGCACGCUCACAUAAUCUGCGCUUGACCCAGUGAUACAGUUUCAUGUAACAGUAUUUUGAUCGUGCCUGCUGCCUCUAGACGGCAGAAUCGCCAGCGGGACGGAAACAAGAUGCAUAAUAAAACAUAUACUGAACUUUUAACUCUGUAAACUCAGACAUGUUGGCUCUGAUGCUGCACAGUUGUCUUGGCUGAGAGCUCUGCCCUGUGGUGUUAAUUACAUGUAUUAAUUUUUCUUACACUUCAUCAUCUCGAUUAGGAUUUUCCCUUUUUAAAGAGUCAAACAACCUCUGGCUAUUCGGAUGUUUGCCGGAAAAAGAAAAUGGCUCAUCCUGCAGACACCGUUUCAUAAGUGAGGGGAAGCACAACAAACGCCAGCAGAUAGAUGCAGGCCUUGGAUAACAUUAACAGCUUUAUGACUCAUUUCUUCCCGGUGCUCAUGCUGAGGGGUAAGUGGUCCCCGUGCCGCCUCUGAAUGUCCGUCACCAUGGCGAAGCGUGAGACCGGCAGCGCCAGCCCCGUGGUCAGGCAGAUAGACAAGCAGUUCCUGGUCUGCAGCAUCUGUUUGGAUCAUUAUCACAACCCCAAGGUGCUGCCUUGCCUGCACACCUUCUGCGAGAAAUGUCUACAGAACUACAUCCCUCCCCAGUCUUUGACGCUGUCGUGCCCCGUGUGCAGACAGACCUCCAUCUUGCCAGAGAAGGGCGUGGCAGCCCUGCAGAACAACUUCUUCAUCACAAACCUGAUGGAGGUGCUGCAGCGAGACCCCGAGUGCAGCCAACCUGAGGCCUGCAACGUGCUUGAGUCGGCCAGUGCAGCUACGGCCUGUCAGCCCCUCUCUUGUCCCAACCAUGAGGGCAAGGUGAUGGAGUUUUACUGCGAGUCGUGUGAAACCGCCAUGUGUCUGGAGUGCACGGAGGGAGAACACCGGGAACAUGUGACGGUUCCUCUGAGGGACGUGCUGGAGCAACACAAGUCCGCACUCAGCAAUCAGCUGGACACCGUGCGCAACAGACUACCUCAGUUGACGGCUGCCAUCGAGCUUGUGAAUGAAAUCUCCAAGCAGCUUUCGGAGAGGAAAGAUGACGCCGUGACUGACAUCAGCAACACGUUCGACGAGCUGGAGAAGGCGUUACACCAACGCAAGACGGCCCUGGUCACUGAGGUGGAGAACAUCUGCAGCACCAAGCAGAAGGUGCUUCAGGUGCAGCUGACCUCUUUGCUUCAGGGCAAAGAAAACAUUCAGAGCAGCUGCAACUUCACGGAGCAGGCGCUGAGCCACGGCAGCGCCACGGAGGUGCUGCUGGUCCAGAAGCAGAUGGGCGAGCGGGUCAGUGCCCUGGCACGACACACCUUCCCCGAGCACCCUCACGAGAACGGACAUCUCGAAUGCCAGGUGGAGACGGACGGACUGAGGCGCUCCAUCCAGAACCUGGGAGUCCUGAUCACAACGGGGGCCGUGGGCCACACGAGCGUCGCCACCGGUGAGGGCCUGCGACACGCGCUGGUCGGCCAGCACACCACCGUCACGGUCACCACUAAAGACAAGGAUGGAGAACUGGUGAAAACUGGGAACGCUUCUCUCAGGGCAGAGAUCAUCUCUGCGGAUGGAGCGUGCACCGAAGCAGAGGUGGCGGACAACAAAAACGGCACCUAUGAGGUUGGAUACACCAUCCGCACGGAGGGAGAGCACACCUUCUCCCUGCUGCUGUACGAGCUGCCCGUGAGGGGGGGUCCUUACCGGCUGCGGGCCGUCAAACCGUCCGACGUCCUGCAGUCGCCGGAGGACGUGAAGAGAAGAGUGAAGUCCCCGAGCGGAGGGGGGGGUCAUGUCCGACAGAAGGCCGUGCGCAGGCCCUCCAGCAUGUACAGCACCACCAAGAAGAAGGAAAACCCCAUAGAGGACGAGCUGAUCUACAGAGUGGGAACAAGAGGUCGAGAUAAAGCAGAGUUCACCAACUUACAAGGAAUCUCCACCUCCAGUAACGGUCGGAUUGUGGUGGCGGACAGCAACAACCAGUGCAUACAGGUCUUCUCAAACGACGGCCAGUUUAAAAUGAGGUUCGGCGUCCGGGGCCGUUCCCCGGGGCAGCUGCAGCGCCCCACGGGGGUCACGGUGGAUGUGAACGGCGACAUCAUCGUGGCCGACUACGACAACAGGUGGAUCAGCAUCUUCUCCUCGGACGGCAAGUUCAAGAGCAAAAUCGGCGCCGGGAGGCUGAUGGGACCGAAAGGCGUCGCCGUGGAUAAGAAUGGCCACAUCAUCACCGUUGAUAACAAAGCCUGCUGUGUCUUCAUCUUCCAAGCCAACGGGAAGCUGGUGACCAAGUUCGGAGCAAGAGGAACUUCAGACAGACACUUUGCAGAAAAAAGUGGUGCAAACAUUGCACUGGAGCAAAAGAUUAGUAAAUCUGGCCCUGUUUUCAGUCCUCACUUUGUGGCCGUAAACAACAAGAAUGAAAUUGUGGUAACAGACUUCCACAACCAUUCAGUUAAGGUGUACAACGCAGACGGGGAGUUCCUGUUUAAAUUCGGUUCCCAUGGAGAAGGGAAUGGACAGUUCAACGCUCCGACGGGCGUGGCCGUCGACGCCAACGGAAACAUCAUCGUUGCAGAUUGGGGCAACAGUCGGAUCCAGGUGUUCGACAGCUCAGGGUCCUUCCUGUCCUACAUCAACACGACAGCGGACCCCCUGUACGGCCCCCAGGGCCUGGCCCUCACGUCUGAUGGUCAUGUGGCAGUGGCCGACUCCGGGAACCACUGCUUCAAGGUCUACCGCUACCUGCAGUAGAGACCUGAGGCGCGCCAUCCUCACCACUGCAAAGCACUGACAAACGACAACAACCAAUGUAAUCCACAGGGUGCAACGACCUUUCCACUGCAGCCUUUUGAUGUGCACAUCAGACCAUCUCCCCGGAUAUAAUUACGUGUCUGAACCUGAGUUUUAAUCUUAAUGACGUGUAGUGGAGGUUGGUUUUUUAAAGUUGGGUGAUGUAGCGUCUUUGGGACAAGUCGUGGACAUGAAGCUAUGGACUGGUUUUUAGAGAGAGUGCAGAAGCUUUCUCGCGUCGUUGCCCCACAGAUUGUGUGAGAGCGGACACGGUAGGUGGUAGAAGUAUUUAUGAGCCAUAACUCGUCCAAAUGCAUGAAGUUUUCUUUGAUCUCGACGCCUAGGCAACAGCACAGUGUACCCAUCCGUUGCUUUUCUCAUCAACUAGUAGAUGCUUACAGUGAAGUGAACAGCGCUGCGCUUUCUUUAGCAAUGAAAUGUAAAAAAUAAUAAUCAUUUAGGGACAUCUCACGUGACAUAAUCACACCACCAUCCGUGCAUUGAUUUGCUGUAUGUACUGUAUAUACAUAAAUGUAUAUUGUGUAUAUUAGAUCACUCGGUAUGUGCUAUGAAUUUGAAACACGGGCCUUUUGGCUCAGGGGAGAGCAGCAGUCAAGGACUUUCUAGGAUUUUAAACGUGUGUAUGGCAGCUGUUUAAAAAUACAAAAACAAAGAUUGUGCUUUUCCAAACAUACCCAGCACUUGCUGAAUAAGAAGAAAUGUGUCAUAUUUAUUGCUAAUGUAAGCAGCACAAUAAUCCUUUUUUUGUUAAUGUCUGUUUUAAAGGGAAAAAAAACCAAACAAAACGAUAAAAAAAGCUAAUUUAUUUUAUUUUAUACACUAGUUCAGCAUUUACAAAUUAUUUUUCUAAACGGGUGUGUGCUUUCUUUUCACACUUUUCACUGUAAAGGAGAAUUCACAAUCCAGCAAAAAUCAGUGUUUGUGCACAUAGGGAAGCAGUUUUCUAAAACUAGUGACACUUUUUCUUUAUUUUCAUUUGGGAUUUCAUCAAAAUUUACAGUUUCUUACAGAUGAAUGGCUGAAGAUUUCAAGAAUGGUUUCAUAGAAUCCAUUUUUUUUUUUUUGUGGCUUUUUCCAAACCGGAUUCAGAAAUAACACAUAUCUCAGGAAAUCCAUUCAUAUCACAAACAAACAAUAGAAACAAAAUGGUUUCAUAGAUUUUUAGAUUUUGUGAGAAAACUGCUGACUUGUGCAAAACACGAGAUUAUAAAACUAUUGGAAUGGAACAUGAAUUCUGUUUUACCAUCUUUUUGUCUGUUUUGUUUUGUUUUGCUUGCAAAUAGGAAACCAUGACAAAAGUAUUACAUUUAUAAGACAAUAUUUACCAGAAACCUCAUCCUGGAUUCGGCUGUCUGAACAAAAAAAAAUCGCUGUUAUAUCCCAGUUUCUGCCUGAACUGUAUCAAGCCAUGUAGAGAAACCCCGUGUACCAGUAGAGGUGUUGCUGCUCCUGCUUCUCCCAGUGUUCAAUCUCUGUAAUGUCAAACGAAACCCCUGGUGCCAGAGCAGAUGAAGAGAGCAGGUGCGGGAAGGACGGCAGCUUCCUGGUCUGAUAUAAUCACCAACACCAGCAGGAUGUGACCUGCUUUCACCAGUUAACUCAACCAGGAAGCUGCGGUUUCACGUGCGCCUGGUCUGUCGUUUGACUCGUUGCCAAACAGGAGCCCGGACAUCUUUUAUAGACUCGAGGGGUUCCACCUUUUUAGAGACGUGUCCGAAGCAUUUUAACCUGCGCUCUUUGUGUCACACCACUACAAACGAUUUUUUGUUUUCUUUAUGAAUAUGCACUGGUAAUAAAAGCACAUGGUUUACUGAU